GGUGGUGUGUGUCAUCACCAAAUGCCAGUUGACAGCUGCAAAUUUUACUGUUCCGGACCAAACUGUCUAUUCUUAGUUGAGUUUAAUUUCUCCCUCAAAAUGUGAAUAAAUAAUAAUAGACCAAUGAUGAGAGUUGUGCUUCUGGAUGUGAGCUGCAGACCGACAGCAGCCAUGUCGCUGGGGAGGCUGGCAGCCCUGUUGCCCGGCCUGACGCCGGCGCUCCGUCCUCUGUACGUUCCCUGCCGCCACGCCGGUCACAGCAAGUGGGCCAACAUCCGGCACAUCAAGGCGGCCAAGGACCAGGAGCGCUCCAAGAAGUUCGACCGUCUCGCCAAGCUGAUGCGCACAGCGGUGGCCGAGGCCGGUCCGGAUCCUCUGACCAACCUCCGUCUGGAGAACCUGAUCGACCAGGCGCGCGGUGUCAACAUGCCCAAUGCCACCAUCCAGUCGAUCCUGAAGGCUGGCGCCAAAGGCCGCGAGAACGCCCGGCCCGGCGAGGUGGAGCUCUGCGGUCCGGGCAACUCGAGUCUGGUGGUCGAGCUCUUCACGGACAACGUGCGUCGCUCCGUGAACGACAUCACGGCGUUCCUGCGGAAGCACCGCGGCCGACUGGGGCCGGCCAAGCACGCGUUCACGCGCUGCGGGGUGGUGGUGACGGCUCCCGGUCCGGGGGACCUGGACGCCGUCACCGAGCACGCCAUCGAGGCUGGUGCCGAGGAUGUGGAAGAACAGGACGGAGAGGAUCCCGGGGAGAAGGUGCUCGUGUUUCACACCUCCUGGGAUGACGUGUACGCCGUGAAGAAGGCGCUCACGCAGAGAGGGUAUACAGUCAAACACGCUGAGACUCUUUAUGAGCCGCUGACACCGGUGACACUAACGGGUGAGGACGCGACGCUGCAUGAGUCGCUCCUGGAUAAACUCAAUGAGCUGAACGAUGUGGUCAAAGUGUCUACAAAUGCCGAGGUGGAAUCGUAACCGUGGUGCUGUGCGAGUGAAUUUGGGCGAAUGUUGAUAUGUUUAAUAUUUUAUUUGUGCAUCAUGCCGUAGCUGAUCGUUUUCCUAGGCUCUUUUCGCAGCCUACCAGAAUAAGUGAGUUGGUGCGGAACUAAUGACGUCCGCAUUUAUCACUAAGCCAUGCCAAUGGUUUACCAUUGGCAGAACCCACAACACCAACGGGUGCUUGAUUGAUUGUGUCAUUCACCAACAGCUUGAUUGUAUGUGGUCGUAUGCAGUCAAGGGUCGUAGAACUUGUUACCUACUGAAUUUGUCGUGGUUGACUAUUGGCUGCUGUUUGCAAACAUGGCAAAGCGCUUCUGGUUGCUGGUUGCUGCUUGGUUAUCACAACGUAAACCGUGGUGCUAAAUGCACUGGAAAGAAAUGACAAAUUAA